CUUCUUUCAGGAAAGAAAGCAAAUGUGUGCAUGAGUGCAAAUGUGGGUUUGUCUGAAGUGGUGUUCGUGUGUGAUGUGUGUGUGUGUGUGUGUGUGUGUGUGUGUGUGUGUGUGUGUGCGUGUGCCCGUGCUGUGAGCAGGGUGUGGUGGGCUGAUGGAGAGAAGAGGAAAAGAGAUAGCGGGAAAAUUGUCUGGAUGAAAGGUGUUCCCCGCCCCCUGGCCUUGGGUUGGAGGAGGGGAAGGAGGGAGCUCCAUUGGUAGGAGUGGCAAUCUCUACGGGAGUGGGGAGUGAGUGCAAAGAGAGGGGUGGGCCCAGGAAGGUGGGGGCGGGGAGCUGCCUGCGCAUGUCAAGGCUGAGUGAACACUCAAGGAUUAGGAGAGCACAGAGCUGGGCAGCUACAUAGACUACCUGUCACAGGGGGCCAUCUAGCACCAUUUGGGAGUCAAGACUGAGGGCGGCUCGGAUACUUUCCUCUCCUCGCGCCCCGCCCACCUAUCCUUCCUUCUCUCGGAGCCCCAGGAGAACCCUGAGCUUCCUGCUCGAGCCCCAGCCUUUCAGAACCUCCCGGGGAUUAAAGAACCAGACGGACGGACAGAAAGAGAAAUUUCCAGGUCCGACGAGCAGCCCUGGUGUCUUCGAGGGCCAGGGGCGCGCUGCUCCAAAGCUCUCUAGUGGGAACCCUCUGGGCAGGGCAGAUGAAACCCGAGCUCCCGGGAUCCCGACGAACCCAGUCUGAGCGGAGAGGUGUAUCGUGGCGAGGUGUCAUCGGAAAGCAUGGAGCAUUCCCGCCUAUAUGCUGAGCUCCGAGGCUAAACCUGGGGGAAAGGAAGAUACGGAAGGGAGAGGAGAUUGGCUUACUGCAGGAGGCGCGGAGGCACUGUCCGCGGUUCUGAACCGGGUCUUCUUAGCCAGAUUUAGAGAAAAUAUUCGAUUUGCAGAAGCACUCCUCUUAGGAUCAAUCCCCGAGGGGGCGGGAGAAUUGGGGGGUGGCAAAGGGACUGCUGCCUUUGAAAAGCGCUGAAAGCUGCACCAACGUGUUGAAACCUACCUACAGAUAGUGUUCCUAGCAAUCCAGCUGUCUGAGCCUUUCUUUCACCGAGUGUCAGUUCUCCUGGGGGAGACCAUCCUUGGAGGUUUCCUCGAAAGAAGGGGUGCAGUCCUUGUCCGAGAAAAACGCUUGAUCAGGCCAGAGUCUGAGAAGAUGCCUACUCUCAGUAGCUUGUUUUCCCUGGCUUCCCUCAUGCUCAUCUGCUGGGUCCAUGUUUGCUUUCCAGUCUGCGUGGAAGUCCCUUCCGAGACAGAAGCAGUCCAGGGUAAACAGAUGAAGCUGCGGUGUAUCUCCUGCAUGAAGAGGGAAGAAGUGACAGCCAGCACCGUGGUGGAAUGGUUUUACAGGCCCGAGGGCGGUAAAGAUUUCCUCAUCUAUGAAUUCCGAAAUGGUCACCAGGAAGUCGAGAGCCCUUUCCAAGGUCGCCUGCAGUGGAAUGGGAGCAAAGAUCUACAAGAUGUUUCUCUUACUGUGCUCAAUGUCACACUGAACGACUCUGGUAUUUACACUUGUAACGUCUCCCGGGAGUUUGAAUUUGACUCACAUCGUCCCUUUGUGAAGACCACAAGGCUCAUCCCCCUCAAAGUCACUGAGGAAGCUGGAGAGGACUUCACAUCGGUGGUCUCAGAAAUCAUGAUGUACAUCCUCCUGGUCUUCCUCACUUUGUGGCUACUCAUCGAGAUGAUUUAUUGUUACAGGAAGGUCUCCAAGGCUGAGGAGGCAGCUCAAGAAAAUGCGUCUGACUACCUCGCCAUUCCAUCAGAGAACAAGGAGAAUUCGGCAGUGCCAGUGGAGGAAUAGGAGAAAUGGGGUGGUCUGAUGUCUGACGAGCCCAGAUUCUUCAGUUUGGAUGCUGUCAACAACUUCAGGACGGGACCCAGGGACUACCACAGUUCUCAUCCAUCCAUUUAUUCAUCAACCCUCAGGCUUUGCCUCUAUGGUUCCACUCUGAACUCCACACACUGAAGGACACCUACUUUGAUGGCUAAGUAAAUGGCCCACCAUCUCACUCUGAGGCUUGGCCUUUCCCCAGCCUAAUCUCCAGGCACUAUAAUGGUACACACAGCUCCCUUUGCUCCGCAUGGCUUUGUAUAAUGCUGGUAGCAACUCCUUCAUUACUGUCCAAUUGGAUCUGGCCCCUAAUCACUACUGCAUAAGAAGGAACAUUAUUUGCUCUUCUGCUUUUCCCUCACUUCCCUCCUCACAACUGCACUAAUUAGUUCUGGUCCCACUCUACCAUGGAUGAGAAAGGGCAUCAUGUGGCUGGCUCUGACAUCUCAGCAGAAGUAGAAUAUUUCUCCUGUCCCAGAAGAGAUUUGAACAAACCCAAUCAGAAGAGUAGCAUGAACUUAGAUUCCUUGAAGAGGCAUUUCUGAAUCUGGACCAUUGGGUUUGGGUCAGAACAGAGCAGCUUUUCUGGACCACACAGGUCUGAUAGAAAGGAUAGAGUAUGUUGGAAUAUCUUCUGGAACUUUGGGAUCUAGGGCUGGAUUUCAUGUUAUUCCUUGGCUCUAGGCUUUGUCCAUACAUUUCCUUAGUAGUUGUUAGACUACUUAAUAAGGGUUCCUCUUGGCAAUAUUAUCCUUGAUAUCCUAUCUUUGGUCUUCCUAAUAAAAGUCCAGGAGCCUGCAAAGAGGGCUGGCAACAGAAACUGGUAGCAAUUUUAGUAGCUCUUAAAAGUCAAGUACCUCAUUCCCUGACCUUGUUGGGAAAAUAUUUCUCAACUUUCCUUGUUGUUUCCCGCACACACACACAAUGGGAUUUGGAACACUCAACUCUGCUCUUGAUAUUGAGAAACAAUUGAGAAGGCUUUUCCUCCCUGAGUAUUGUGAUUGGCAACCUUUGACUCCAUCUCUGAGCUUUUCAAGAUAAUUGGUGUUCACAAAGCAGCAAAGACUUGCAUGGGAUCACAGAGCCAAUCAAAGUAGAAAGAGACUGUGCUCUGCUGAUGUGACUAGUGCUUCGUUGGAAUGUUUUCACUUGAGUGAAGACUACAGAAGUAGGUUUUAUUUGGUGAAUGUGUGAGUGAUAAGAGCCAAAGAACUCCAGGUAUAAGUACUGUCAGUUCUUCAAUAAACACAGAAUGGAUGAAAACCAGCCCCAAAUCCAGUUGGAAAUGGGUUACUUUGGGUAUGCUGGAAUAAGGACUUCCUAAUUUUUAAGUUUUUAUAUGAUUAGAGCAAGUCUCAGGAGCUCAAUCACUUCUCUAAAGAUUUUUUUAAAUGGAAGAAAUGGUCUAAGAUCAUAAGAUCUUGAAGCUAGAAAGAACCUUAGAGAUCUUCUAUAUGUCAAUCAACCUUAUUUUACAGUUGAGAAAACUACGAGGCCCAGAACGGGCAAGUGAUUUGUCCAAGGUCACCCAGCUAAUACAUGGUAAUACACUGUAAUGGUGUGAAGGUAGAUGAAUAGGAUAGUUGAUCUCUGAAAACUCCUUCUAGUAAUCUGUGAAGGCUGACAGAUAAAAGUAGGUUCUUGCUUUCGAAUUUUUCUACCCCCAAGGAAAAAUAAAACAGACCUGAUAGGAAAAACUUGCCCACCCUCCAAAAAAUGCCACCUCAUAUUUAAAGCUCAAGCAUCUGGUCCCGAAGUGACUGGAGCAGCUAGGUGGUACAGUGGAGAGUGCCUGGCCUGGAGGCUAGGAAGACUCAUCUUCUUGAUUUCUAAUUUGGCCUCUGAAAGUUACUAGUUGUGUCCCAGGGCAAGUCACUUAGCCUUGUUUGCCUCAGUUUCUUCAUUUGUAAAAUGAAUUGGAGAAGGAAAAGGCAAACGACUCCAGUGUCUUUGCCAAGAAAAUCCCAAAUAGAAUCAUAGAGUUGGACAAAAUUGAAAACUUCAGAACCUGACAUGAAGUUCAUCCCCACCUAGUGGUCAGACAUGGGCAUCAGACUUUAUCAGCUAGAGAAAGGCUAUCAAUGACUUUUCUUUGGGUUUGUGUGGAGGACCAUAUUGUGGCCAUUGGCCUCAAACUGACUAUCCCCUUUGUUAUUCCUCUGGAAGUGACUAAAGCACUCCUCAUUCCAACACCCAAGGGUCAGAUUUUCACGUUUCCUUUCUCUGAGUUCAAACGUCAUCAAAUACAUGAUCUUCCACAAGGUUCCCCUGUGACUUUCAGGUGAGGGACAAAGAUUUUCCUUCUCAUUUUAUGGAUGGAGAAAUAGACCCACAGGAGUGCAAUGUGUGCAGAAAGCUACCUACAAACAUUAGGUGAGUCAAUAGCAGAACGUCCAUUGGUCUCCUACCUGCCAGUCCAGGGAUCUAGCCAAUAGCUCAUUCUUUCCCUCUUUGAUAUCAGUAGUCAGUAUCGGAGUCUGUAAACUAUAGGCCAGUGAAUGUGAAUUUAGUUCCUGACAAACUGUAGAAUGUAAUAAAAAGACAGUUGGCGAACAUAAUAGCUAGUAUCUAUGUAGUGCUUGAGGAUUUGCUUGUUCCAAAGAUACUUUGUUAGAGAUGAUUUGAUCCUCACAACAAUUCUGGGAGACAGGUACUGUUAUUAUCCUCAUUUUAUGGAGGAGGAAACCAAGGCACAGAGGAGUCACACAGCUAUUAAAAGUAUACGACAAUGUCUGCCUAACUGCCUAACAUCAAGCAAAGGAGAGGAUUACGGAAUCAACAUAGGUUCCUCAAGAACAGGUCAUUCCAAAAUUAUGAGACUAGAUGACCACCAUGGUGCCUUUUAGCUCGAACUAUGAUCCUAUGAUUCUUUUUUGAAGAAGAUACUCAAACCAGGGAAAUGAUAAAAAUAUGGUUUUAAUGAUAAAGGGUCUCAUUUUAUUUGUGUGGAAAAGAUGGAGAUGUGGGCUAGACAAUUAGUUUAGUUGGAUGGAUUUGGAACUGGUCGAAAGGUCAGAGGCACAAAGUAGACAUUAAGGGUAAUGGUUCUGUGUCAACUUGGAUGUUUCCAGUCUUUGCUUGGUCCACUGCUAGCCAACAUUUUUUGUUAAUUGAUGACUCCAAUAAAGACAUCCAUGGACUGUUUAUCAAAUCUCUGGAUGACACCAAGCUGAAAGGGAGGGAUGCUUUAAACACAGGAUGAUGAAGUCAAGAUCUAAAAGGAUCUUGACAGGCUAGAGCAACAGUUCAAAGGUCUUACUUACCCUGGAAUUCACAGAAUCAACUUCCCAAGUACAAUACGAGUAGUGGGCAAUCCCUCUGAAGAUCUCGGAGAGUUUAGUGGGUUAUCAGUUUAUUCUGAGUCACCAUUGUGAUCUUAGGCUGUUUUUAGUGCAUCUAUAGAAUGUCCAAGUCUAGGGAAAUGAUAACUUUUACAUUCUCUGCCCAGAUCAAGCCAUGUCAGGUGGGAAUAUCACAUUCAGUUGUAGGCAUCCUAUUUGAAGAAGGAUAUUGAUUAACUGAAGAGCAUUCAGGGGAGGACACCUAGGAUGGUGACAGUGUCAUAUGAAGAACAGUUGAAAGAACUGGAUAUGUGUAGUCUGAAAAAAAGAUAAGGGAAAUUUUUUCCCUCAAAUAAAGGGAGCCACCAUGUGGGCUUAACAUUGUUCCACUUGCCCCCAGAGGAACUAGGAACAAUAGGGCGGAACUUGCAGAGGGAAAUCCAGGCUCAAAGAGCAUAAGGAGAAGACAUAUCCCACAGUGGAAUGGGUCACCUCGGAAGGUUGUGGGUUUCAAACGAGAUAUUUGUAAAGUAUUUAGCACAAUGCCUGGCAUAUAGCAGGUGCUUUGUAAUUGCUUGUUCCCUAACCCUCCCCACUUUGGAGAACUUAUCAGAAAAUGGAGAUUCUUGUAGGGAGGUAGGUUGGAUUGAAUGGAAUAUGAAGUCUGUUCUGUCCCUGAUGUUCUAAAAAUACUGAGUUUAUUCAGAAAAAGCUCCCCAAUUCAACACACGCCACAUUUCCUGGAUGGUUUAUAAGGAAGCUGUUGGUUCAAGCUUCAUUCUUCAUUCCUUUCAUGUCUAAUUCCCUCUCACUUCCCACUGAUUUGAAAUUCGUUUCCUUCUCCUAACCAAUAAGAUGCAAGUUCUCAUUCAGCCUUUCCUCUCUGCUUAAUUCUCUCCGUUAAAAACAAAAAUCCUAAUCCCUUUCCCUCCUAAACUACAUUAUUCCUGAACCAUACCAUCACCUGGGACCUUCCUACUUUGCUUUGAAAAUCCUCCUCUCCUUAGCCUGUCUGUCUGCCUAUCUGUCUCUCCCUCCCAGCCUUUCUUUCUCCCUCUCCCUCUCCCCUCCCCUAUUGCAUCUUACAUUUUUCAUAGGAUUUAUAAAUGAAUAGUACCUACGAUAUCACCUACCCCUCUCAUUUGAUUGAAGAGCCCAAGACCUAGAUAGGCUCUUCUAAGGUCACAUAGAUUCUAAGUAGCAGAGCCAGGAACGGAACCCCAGAUCCUAGAGUUAAUGUCAUCUUAGAUUGUCCUGAGACACACAAUGACUAGAACAUGGAAGGAGGUAUUCCUGCUAUCCUUUGCUAGGUGAUCAAAACACUCUUUGAAUAGCAAUAUUUAGUUCUGGGCAUCACAUUUUAAGGAGGAAACUGAUAUGUUGGAGAGCCUUCCAAGAAAGGCAACCGGGAUUGUGAAGGGCUUCAAAGAUCAUGCCAUAGUGCACAAUACAUAGUUUGAGGAACCUGGAGCAAAGAAGGCCCCUGAGGGGUGAGGGAAAUGGCACAAAAGUGAUUUCAUUUUGCUUGGCCCCAGAGGACAGAAUGAGGAAUAACAGGGGAGCUACAGAGAUAGAUUUCAGCUGAAUGCAAGAAGAAAAACUCCUGGUAAUAAGAGCUACCCAAAAGGAUACUUUAUGCUAUGGUAUGGGCAGCUUAGGGGUGCCAUGGAUAGAAUGCUAGGUUUGGAGUAAGAAUGAUCUGCAUCCAAAUCCUGCCUCUGACACUUCCCAGGUGGCCUUGAAUGAGUCACUUAAUUUCUUUCAGCCUCAGUUCCCUCAUUUGUAAAAUGGGGAUGAUAAUAACAUCACCUACCUCACAGGGUUGUUGUGAGAAUCACAUGAGGAUAAUCGACAUAAAGAGCUUUGCAAAACCUUUCAAGUGCUACAUAAAUGUCAGCCAUCAUUAGGGAGUCCCACAUUAUUAGGGGUGUCCAUGAGAAUCUGGAUGGGAAAGCUGCAGAGGGAUGAAUCAGGUACAGCCUGAACUAGAUGGCCUCUGGCACCCUCUCCAGCCCUGCAUGUUAUUUCCUCUAAAUCGAGCGCCCGUUCCAUUAUGCUAUGCUGGCCUUUUAGUGAUCUGUGCUAACCUUCAUCUCUGUGGCCUUUCUCUUUUAUGUAAAUGCACAAGAGCACAGAGCAAGCACCAGUCACAUUAAGUCCAAUCCCAGUCAUCCUUACUUCUGCCCCAACACAUCCAAGGGCCAAUUUUGCCACCCUGGAAGCUUUUACCUGUGAUGGGGUUGAUUUUUAAAGGGCUCAAGAAAGUUCUCAAGGGCUAGUUUGUUCAUCACCCUCUCUGCUAAUCCAGUGUACCAAACGUUUCCAAUGGUUAUGUCCUAUGUCCAAGAUUAGUUUUGCCUGGGAGGCUGAUCUCAUUGUCUAACGUGGUCAUGAACUUAACCGUUCAUCUUGACAGGAACUUCCCGAACUCUCUAGUCAGCCCUGCACUGUGCCCCAACCCAAACCGCUGCUGGAAUAACUUUUAACUGGCUGUGACUCAAACUCUCUUCCCUCAUUCUGCCAUUUUAAUCAGUUUAAGGGCAUUAAUCCUCAAGCUAUUUAUCUUGUAUAUGUUUGGGGGCUCUUUCCACAUUUAUGACUGCCUAGCAAUACUGAGAGGAAAUGACUUGUUUAUAACCCUUAGAUGCUAUGGAUAAAUUUUAUAUGAGGAUGGGAGUGGUUAAGAGAAAAGGCAUAAACCUCCCCCCCCCAACCCUGUUUCCUCCUCUCCCAGCUAAACCAGAGUUUUAGUUCAAGAAGGAAACAUGUUUUCCCAAUUCAAUGAACCCACCUUUCCUAAGGUAUGGAUAGCACAUUGUGUUUACUGGAAGCUGAAGUCAGAGAUGAACAGCUUCCAGUGGGUUGGUGAUUUAGUCCCUACUCUCUUCCCUGACACAGCAUGUUAGUGAGCAAAAGGAAUUUGCCUUUGGAGAGGGUUACAUAAUUUGAAGGUUCCUGCCAUCAGCAAGCAUCUUGGGUUGUUUGUCCUUUUUUUCUAAAAACACUCUAACAAUCAGAUGUUUUAGCCAAUGUUUGGAGGAUGCAGAUCCCGAGCCAUUCUCCCUCCCGUGGUGGGGGCGAGUUGUCUCCAUUUCACUGAGCCUGCAUUAAGACAUAGUAUGGACAAAUGCUUCCUUUGCCAGUCUCUGAAGGACUGACUUAUUCCAUGAUAAGGUUUAUGGAUCCAUGAGCCAGCUGACUUUCAGUGGCAAUGCCUCCUGGGGCCUCAAUGGCAGGCGGGCUGUGGGCAGGCAGAGGGCCUGUAUUUGUGUAUUUGUAGAAUGGCAUCAACCACUCUCACAGACCUUGGUAGUCUGAAAAAAUGGUACUUUUCCAUUUCAGUCUUCCUUAUGUUGCUGUUUCUGAACUUUUCACAGCUGACUUGUUUCUGACUUAAGUCUAGUAGUGUUGUCUUCAGCCAUCCCAGCUUAUACAACCCGACACCAUACAUAUGUACAUAAUGUUUUUAAGUCCACUUCCUGUUCAAUCCAAUAAAGGUGUCUCUUAAACAGCU